AAAAAUUAUGUAUGCUCAUUCUGCGAAGAAGCUUUCAUUGUCAAACAGAAGAUGGUGGAACAUAAAAAAGAUGUGCAUCAAGUGUAAAUAAAUAAAUAUAAAUAUAUCAGGACAAAUCACACAGAUUGAGCUAGCCCCAAAGCAAUCCGCGGAGAUCAAUUAUCAUUAAGGUAUCUUCUGCAAAAAGUAUUACACAAGAGGAAAAUAAACAGAAAUUUAUGUCCGAAACGAAAACUGGCAAUAUCGCUUGGUUUGUAAAAAGAAAGAGCGUUUUGUCAAAACAUCUGGAGAAUAUCAGGCAAAUACUUAAACAUUCUAAUGCCACACCUAUAAAAAACAAACUGGGUACACAUUUCUCGUGUUGUUUUUGUGACGACAAAUUCAUCGAACCUAACAUGUUAAAAUUGCACACUAUCAACAAUCACGACACAAAAACUAAGCUUGAAUUUAUGAAAGGCCAGUCUUUAACUACUUUUGUUGUUAAAAUGGACAUCACCGAUCUAAUAUGUACAAUAUGUAACGAAAAAUACAAUGAUUUAAAUACUUUGUUACAACAUUUAAAAGCGCACAAUGUAUCAGUUCACGUUGGAGCAACGAAUUAUAUAUUUCCUUUCAAAUUUAACAGCGACGAACUAUCCUGUGCCAUAUGUGACAAAAUGGCGAAUAAUUUCAAAAUGCUUUCAGAGCAUAUGAACGUUCACUAUAAGAAUUUCGUUUGUGGCGAAUGUGAAGCUGGUUUUGUUAACCAAAGAAUGUUAAGAGUUCAUGGCUAUAGGCAUGCUUUAGGUGAAUUUUCGUGUCCUAAAUGUUCCAAGGUUUUCGACACUAGGAUCAAGAUGAAGGCACACGAGAGGGCGGUACACGUGAUGCUUAAUAAAAGGAAUAGGUGUGGCUUUUGUGGCGAGAGGUUUACGGAUUACACGAAGAAGAAUUACCACGAAGUUGAGAUGCAUGGAGUCGCUGCUAAGGUGCUGAAGUGUCAAGCGUGUCCAAAGACUUUUUCUAACCAGAGAUCUCUGUCGGUGCACACUAGAGGCUUUCACUUAAUGGAGAAAAGAAAGACGUAAUUUAGAAAUAGAUAUAAAUUUAUUCAUAGGAUACAAAUAUACAUUAUAGAUAAUUAACAAAUAUGUAAUUUGUUCAUUACAAACACAACAAAAACACUACAAAAGGGUACUUACCACUCAGCUUGUGCCAUGACGUUGAUUUACCAAACAAGAUGGCACAACCUAUCAAAAAAAAAUUUACGAGAUAAAUCCGCGAAACAUAAACACGGAAUUAUAUUUUAUCUAAAUACCAUAUACCUCAUGUCAGCAGGCAUACUAUCAACUUUUACAGAACGAUUCCAAUGCAACUCAAUUCAAUUUAGGCAUCUAAAAUGAAUCGCAUUCAUACUUACUAAAAAUUAAGUCGACGGUACGAAUUUGCGAUUCAGUUCAGUUUAGGUCGUAAAGUGGAACGCGUUAAGAGAUGAUGGUAAGCACCCAGGAUGGAUGAACAUUAUUAAUGACUAGGAGGUAUACAACAAUAAUUAAUAGGUACACUCGCAUUUCGGCACACUUUAAUCGACUUCAAACGUGUUGAAUGAAAUAUUUUUAUUUGUAAAAAAUAAUAUUCAUUUGUUUCGUCAGGUUGAGAGUCGACGUCGCUCAGACAAACUACAUUUAUUGCCAACGAACACUGUAUUUCUCCAUAAAAGUGUGUAUGCAAUGGCUCCUGUAGUGUAUGCCUAUAUUUAUUUCCUCCCCACUACUGUGACAUAAGUCAUAGCGCUGUGAGUGUGCGAGCAAGCGCUCAGUUGUUUACGAGACGGCGAGACGCACAGACGUUGGAGCAUCAGUCAUGUGGCUGUGAUGUACAAUUACGUGCGAUGACGGGGGACGUAAUCUCGCAAGUAUAUCUAUGAAAUACAAGAGGGAACUAUCAAAGCUGCUUAUCAAAAAAAGCUUAUUAUUCUGUUACUGAAUAUCUAAAUGAUAAUUUCAAUUAAAUUAAUAAAGUAUUUGAUCUUUUAAUGUUAUACCUGACAAUUAGAUAAAUUAUGUAAAUACUUUAUAAUAUACAUCAUUGUAUGAAAUAUUAUGUAACUUCAUUUUGUAAAACCUAUGAAAUAAAAUGUUGUAUGUCUUGUUGCGGCACAUGCCUAGUUCUCUAUGUCCCACAACAAAACAUACGAAGUUUUAGUCAUUAGCUCAUAUAUAACUCAUUCCAAUGUAUUAUAUCUAUUAUAUAACCUGUGUUCACGAAAAAAAAGAUUUGAAUUGAAGAUUGACAUAUAUGCGUGCAUUCCUUUUGUUUCAUAAUGUAAGUUGUAUGUAUUUCAAUUCCACAGGACAAAUUAUAGUGUGUAGAUUAUAAAGUUUAAACAACACAUGGCAUUUUAUUAUCGGA